GGUGGCCCCUUCAUGUGGGUUGGGCAGAAAUGAUGCUCUAAAGUUUUCCGUCUAUAUCAAGACGGAAAAUGACCUUCCCUUCAAGAGUUUGGAGACGCAAUGUCAUCUUGACAGUUGACCUGUCUCUUGGCUAUGUAUUGGUUCUGUUGCACCCCCGCCGGCCCUCCUUGCGCACACCCUUUUUUUCGCUGAGGGAAAUCGGAAUACUCUGUUUGCCAUCUACGCUACUUUCGGCUCAGUAACGGUUCGCCUGAGCCCCUGCUCAUGUGCAUCAAGUGGGGCUUGAAGUUUGGCAUCUGAUACUUCACCUCCCCGUAUAAAAGUAACUGAAAGAUCUCGAGAACCCAUCAUAUCUCAAGCCACGCAACAAUAUUCACAUCAAACAGUUCUUACACAAUGAAGUUCACAGUUGUCACUGCUCUUCUCUCUGCCUUUGCCCUCCCAGUGUUCGCAGUACCUGCAUAUGUCACAUGGGACCCUACGUACAGCAACCCCUACGCGUCCCUCACUACCGUCUCCUGCUCUAACGGCAGCAACGGUCUUCUGACCAAGGGGUACACCAACUUCAUGUCCCUGCCAUCCUUCCCCAACAUCGGAGGUGUCCCAGGUGCCACCUGGAACUCUGCUUUAUGUGGUUCCUGUUGGAACCUCACGUACACCGCGCCCAGCGGCAACCACAAUACCAUCUCCAUCACCGCUGUUGAUUCCGCUUCCACAUACAAUGUCUCUCCGAACACGUUCAGUGCGUUGACUAAUGGCACUGUCAGUCUCGAGACCGGCAAAUUUGCUGUUGAAGCCACUCAGGUCGCUCCUAUCAACUGCGGCAUGUAGAAGCAGGCUAUUGUACUGGAGGGUUCUGGUGUACUAGGAACGGUUGUUGG